AUGGCCUAUUUGGGUUGGAGUAAAUUCUGGUUUCCACUAACUCAUCGAGCUUCCAGCUUGAACAGCUUGCGGCCGGUUCAGUUUCUUACUCCCAAAAUGCCUGUUAAGAAUCAGCAUCAGCUUGCAAGUCCGGGGGAGAAUAGGAGGAUCCUAUUGCUAGUGGCAUUGUUCUUUGGUGUGGUUUUUCCGGCACAAUAUCUUGAGCUUCCAUAUGGAAGUGGUUUCUUUCCCUCGUUUUAUGCUGUCAAGACUCGAGUUUCAUUCAUGGGCUGCUUCUCAGCUGGAAAUUCAUCAAGCAAAUUCUCUUCAAACAGCUUCACUUCUGCAGACCAUCUUUAUGAGACUACUAAUGCAUUCAAGUUUCCAGAUGAUGAUAAAGAUGCAGUGGGAACACAGGGUGUUGGUUCCGGUAGUGACUCGAAAGAUGAAUCUCCAUCCUUUGAUUUCAUAAAAGUAAACAGCAGAAGAAGUCCUAUUGUCUUUGUUGGUCGCAAUGCAUCUUCCGUUUAUAAAGAUGCAAGGCAUACGAUUCGAAAACCGGAAAACAAUGGAGUAGUACUAAAGAGAAAUCUUACACCUUCACUGUCUUCAAAAAAAAGAAGGCGCACUGUGAAGAAAAAAUUUAAAGGCUCUGAAGGUGUGGUGGUGUCACUAUCGCAAAUGAACUAUAUGUUCAUUUCAAAUCUCACUUCCUAUCGUGCAAAGAAACCAAAAUGGACUUCAGAAUCUGAUCAACAGUUGUUGGUGGCCAAAACUCUUGUCGAGAGCUCCCCUGCCGUACAUAAUGAUCCCGGCCUACAUGCUCCUCUGUUUCGGAAUUUUUCAAUGUUCAAGAGGAGCUAUGAAUUAAUGGAGCAGACUCUCAAGGUUUACAUGUAUACAGAAGGAGAAAGACCGAUAUUUCACUCCCCAUUGCUGAGAGGAAUAUAUGCUUCAGAAGGAUGGUUCAUGAAACAGCUCAUAGAAAGCAAAGACUUUGUUACUGAGAAUCCAAAAAAUGCUCACUUGUUUUAUCUUCCUUUUAGUUCUUGGAUGUUAAGGGAGAUGUUGUACGUCCCGAAUUCUCACAAGCGCAGGAACUUGGUUCGACAUUUGAAUAACUACAUCGGCCUAAUCUCAAGUAGAUCCCCAUUCUGGAAUAGGACUGGAGGAGCUGACCAUUUCCUUGUUGCCUGCCAUGACUGGGUAAUAGUGAUGGACAUAUGCAAUAUUUCUUUACAAGUUCUCGUUAGCUGAUUUCGACCUUAUUGGAUAGUAUUAACAUCUUAUGACAUAUUGAUCAAGAUCACUGUAUCUUCGUGUUGAUGUCUCUUAACACGUGUUGAUAUUUACUUUCUCCUUCAGGCGCCUGCUGAGACGAAACAAGUCAUGGCCAAUUGCAUUAGAGCCUUAUGUAAUUCUGAUAUCA